GGGCCAGUUGCAGGAAUCAACUCACGAGCCGUAGUGGGAUGUCCUCACCCACACCAGGUCACCUCCACCUUGACACACCACAAAGAGUGGUGGGUAUGAUCUCAGCCUCUUUGCCAGCCCUCCUGACUCCAAGUUCCUGUGCUCCGUCUGCCAUGGUGUUCUCAACAGGCCGAUGAGGUUGCCAUGCAGCCACAUCUUCUGCAAAAAAUGCAUCCUUCAUUGGCUAGCCAGACAAAACACCUGUCCGUGCUGCAGGAAAGAGGUGAAAAGAAAAAAGAUGGUCUAUGUGAAUAAACUCCGGAGAACCAUUGGCCAUUUAGAAGUCAAGUGCAAGAAUGCUGAAGCUGGCUGCUUGGUAACCUGCCCUCUGGCCCACCGAAAGGGGCACCAAGACUCAUGCCCGUUUGAGCUGAUGGCCUGCCCCAAUGAAGGCUGCUCUGCCCAGGUGUUGCGUGGUGCCCUGGCUGAGCAUCAGCAGCACUGCCAGCAGGGUGGCCAGCAGCACUGCCCCCUGGGCUGUGGGGCGACCUUGGGCAUGGCAGAGCUUGCUCAUUAUAACUGCUACCUCAAGCUGCGGGAGGCCUGGAGUGAGCGACAAGAGCGUAGCCAGACGAUGCUGCAGGGACUACUGCGGCGUGUACGCCGAGUGCACCGCUCCUCCAGACUCAUACGCAGGCAGCUGGCCCAGCUCAGCCACCUUCUGGAAGAUGAUGCCAUGCCUGAAGCUGACGCACCCCAAGACGAUAGUCUUGGGACUGAGGUGUGGGGAGCACAGGGCCAAGGUACCUUGGAAAUAGAGGGAUAAAUAAAUGUGGAGCCCAGGCCUAACCUA